AUGAAAAAAAUUAAAGAUAAUCCAAUUAUUUCAUCAAUCAAUUAAUUAUCUAAUUGUAAUAUAAUACCUAUUAAUGUUUUAUAACCAUUUUAAUUAUAUUUCUUCUCAUUUUAUCCGAUCUCUCCCAUUUGUUCUCUUCUUUUUGUGUUUUCUCCUUUUAUUUCUUUUCAUAGAUAUUUAAUAUUAUCAAUUUAUAUUAUUUCAAUUUUAAUAAAGCAUCUUUCUUGUUAAGUAUUACUAUGCGUUUCUGUUUCUUUUUCAAACUUAAUAUAAUUAAAUAAUUUCAAACAAUAUAAUAAGCUUAUUUUUAUAUGCAAUUAUCUAAAUUUUUUUCUAUUUUUUACAUAUUUAUUUUAUUAUUCUUAUCUUUUAUAAAAUGAUAAAAAUAGAAAAGAGUUCACAUUUUAUUAAAAAAUAAAAAUGUUUAUUAAAAUUAGUAUAGAAAUUAUUUAUUUGACUAAAUAAAAAUAUUAAUUAGUUAAUUAAUUCUUUUCCUAAGUUAGGGAGUUAAUGGGAGAUAUAAAUUAUGUAAAUGAUGUACAAAAAAAUUUGAAUAUUUACAAAAAUGAAAAUACUUUAUAAAUAUAUUUAUUUGUAAAAUUAAUACAUUUUAUUUAAUGA